AAAGCUUCCUUAACCGCAGCACAUAAAUUGCUUCCCACCAUAUUCCAAUACUUCAAAACAUCUCAAAAGGCCAUCCAGGCCUUUAGGGAAUGAAGAUUAAAUACACUCCCAGUCUCCCCUAAUUUCAUCACCAGUUGGAAUUUCAACAAAGGCACUAAUUCUCUUGAGAACCAACAUUUUUUAGUAAAUAGCUCAUCAAAAUCCAGACCGAAAGAAGGCUUUGAAGUAACAUAUUUACCAACAUACAUUGCUAACCAGCAUACAACUGAUCAUUUUACCUAUCCUACCAUUCUAUUUGUGCAAACCUUUUUUUAAUAAUAAAUUAUAUAUAUUUUUACUUAUUCUUUGCCAAUAAUAAUAAUUGUAACAUCUGAAGUGAAGGUGAAGCUGAUACAAAUUUUGAUUGUAAAAGUCAACUUCUUGAGAGACAGAGUGAAAUUUGCUAAUCAAAAUGCUUUUGAAUUUGAAAUCUACUCAAAACCCGUGGCGGUUGCAGAUCCAUUGUCCCCAGUAUUCACGCUUUCCUGUUCACAGUCUCCACCGUAUUCCGCCAAAACCCCAGCUCCCAAUAUCGUCUUCUCCCUCGGACUCUCUGUCUUUGGGUCUUUCCACUCGGUUUGAGUCAUUCUCUCCUUUGCGCAGAUGUCAACCGGAAAAGUUUCCUGCUUCUAUCGAAUUGGACUCCGAUCAAGAUUGUUCCUACGAAAAGACAGAGAUGGUUCAGCAAAAGGAGUUUUCAAUCCUGCAGAUUCUGAAGAAAUCAAAUUCGUUUCUACCUCAUGUUGUCCUAGCUAGUACACUCCUGGCUUUAAUCUAUCCACCUUCCUUUACAUGGUUUACCACAAGGUACUAUGCACCUGCUUUAGGCUUUUUGAUGUUUGCAGUAGGAGUUAAUUCCAGUGAAAAGGAUUUUCUUCAAGCGUUUAAGAGACCAUUACCUAUUUUUGCUGGUUAUGUUGGUCAAUUCGUAAUCAAGCCACUUCUUGGAUAUUUUUUUGGCUUAAUCUCGGUUCUAGUCUUUGGUCUACCAACUCCUAUAGGUGCUGGGAUUAUGUUGGUAUCCUGUGUUAGUGGUGCACAACUCUCCAACUAUGCUACUUUUCUGACUGACCCCAAAAUGGCUCCUCUAAGCAUUGUCAUGACAUCGUUAUCAACGGCUACAGCAGUAGUUGUCACACCAUUGCUGUCACUCUUGCUCAUUGGAAAGAGAUUGCCUGUUGAUGUUAAAGGAAUGAUUUCUAGUAUACUGCAAAUUGUUAUUACUCCAAUUGUUUCAGGCUUGCUUCUGAAUAGGUUCUUUCCUCGACUCUGCGAUGCUAUUCGUCCAUUUUUACCUCCGCUAUCAGUAUUUGUGACAGCUCUCUGUGUGGGAGCACCACUUGCUCUUAACAUAGAGUCUGUACUGUCUCCUUUUGGAUUAACUGUUUUGUUGCUCAUCAUUGCCUUUCAUUUAUCGGCAUUUAUAAUUGGCUAUAUGCUCACCGGAGUGGUCUUUCACGAGGAAUCUGAUGUAAAAGCGCUUCAAAGAACACUGUCCUACGAGACAGGAAUGCAAAGCAGUCUUCUGGGCCUUGCUCUUGCUAAUAGGUUUUUUCAGGAUCCACUAGUUGGUGUGCCUCCAGCAAUCUCAACUGUAAUAAUGUCAUUGAUGGGUUUCACUCUUGUCAUGGUUUGGGCUAAAAGGAAGCAUUAUUAACAAGUGAUGGUGGCUUUGGACCUUUGGUGGAAGAACUAUCGAAGGCAGUAGAAAUAACCUUUACUAAAUUGUUGAUAACAUUAUUAUUUAUUUAGGAACGGUUUCUUCUUCCUUGGUUAUUUAUUUAUUUAUUUAUUUUAUGAUUAAAUAUCUCAAAAAAAAAAAAAGACAUAUCAGAGAAUUGCUCUCCAUUUUUCACACCUGAUAAACAUAAUACCUGGCAACCUGCUGUUUGCUCAUAUCUCACAAGGAAAUUAAAACCACUUUCAUUCUUUCAUUCAUGGACCUUUUUAGGUCAUUAUAUAUACAAAUGUCACUUCCUAUAUAUAUUGGUAAAAUGAAGUUUUAUUUGCACAUCUUAAAAUAGAUUCUAUUUUAAUAAUUUUUAUUUUAUACUAGCAGACUCUUUGAACUCCAGAGCCAACUUAACUAAACUAUGAGCGAGAAGAUUAGCAUCUCUACGCUCGAAACAAAACUCAAAAGAAUCAAAGUUACUAUUGAAGCUUUUUCUAGAGUUGCAAAAUAAUUUAAAAAAAUAUAGAUUUCUCGUAUUUAAAUUUAUAGUUAUAGAGGUUGUUUUUUUCUCUGACCUUUUCUGGGCAUAGACAUAGUUUGGUUGGGAUUGUAUUUGCUAUUGCAAUUUGAUUUUUGCUAUUGCGUUUAGUCUUGUUUAUAUGACACAGUUUUCAGUGUUUUAGUUUUGUCUUAGAGACAUGAUUUGAGUGUUUUAAUCUUGUCUGUAUAACAUUGUUUAAUUUAGUUUUAUUGUUGGUUAUUCUUUCUUCGAUGACUCGCAAUGAAAUCGUUAUUAGUAGUUAAGAAUAACAAGUUUUAUGCGACUAAAGGAGUUAAAUAAACCUACUGCAAUAAAUAUUAUUUUAUCUUUUGAACAGUAGAUGGAAUUCAAUAUAGGUGUUUUUAAAGUCUGUGAUGAUGCAAUUUUUUUUUUUUAAUUUGAUUUUAUUUUUAAUUUUUUUUAUCAAUUAAUUUGAGAAUUAAGUAGCUGAUUAUUUGGCUCAAUUUUUUUUUUUAUUUUAAUCCUAAUUGUGUCUAAUGGAAAAAAUGUUCUGAUUAGAUUGCAGACUAUUAUUUUAAUUGAUUGCUAUUAAUAAAAUUACAUACUUAAAAAAGAAAUAGAAAAAAAUUAAUCAAGAAUUGAUAUUUGGCAACAAACUCAUUUCAAUAAUAAAGUAAAUCUCACAAACCUCACAAAUACAUCAAUAUAUUGUCAUACUAAAAUGACAUAUUUCAAUGAUAAUAAAACAAUAAGUAUGUGUUGAACCAAAAUAUCCACCCAAUAUAUUAUACAAUACCUUUCAAACCAAAUUUAAAAAAACGUGCACAAGUUGAUUAAGCAUAUAUCAUUACUCAAAAGAAACAACAAUACUAAUCAUAUGGUUACAGUCUCCAUGAACUGUUUAUCUACUGACAUAGAUUCAAGUGUCUGAGCUCGAAGACAAACCUCAAAGUCAAUGCUUCCCUGUUCAGACCCAGGAAAAACAGUCAACUUCCCAUCAUAUUUGUUCCCUGGACCACUUCUCACAGUAACUGGUCUUCCCCAACCAAAAUCAUUCUCAUAAACAUUGAACCGUGGUGAACUACCGGUCAAUAGUUCACACCCUAACUCUUUCUUUAUUUUUAUUUCGUUUGGGCUUUCUACCCAAUUCUUUAAGUACUCUUGGACCUUCUUCGAGGUAUGCGAAACGACCAUCUUAUUCAUUUCCAAUGCGGCCCAGCCCAAUCCAUUCUUACCCAAAAGCUUUCCUGUUGUGGUCUCCACAUUCCCAAACAUCACCGCAUUGCCACAAUACGCUUCUGAUAAUGGCGGCUCCAUUCUUUGCCUGAGACCCACUAUGACAAUGUACUUCACUUUGUCUUCGGAUUUCAGGUAACUUCGGUUUCGGGUUAUGGAUACCCAAAGGUGAGCCAUCACCGCUUGAAGAGAGGAUAUAUUAUUAAUGGGUUUUGUGGGUGACAAAUGGACUAUCUCAGUGUUGGCUUUAGCUUUGAGUUUGGCUAUGAUUUCUUUUGAAAAGCGAAACAUUCUUUGCUUCAAUGAGAUUGGUGUUGAGUUAGUGUUAUUUGUAUUUUGAUCUGGAUCAAAAGGUAUUCUAAGUGGAAGAAGAUAUGGGUUGAUACCUUUAAAGAAUUGGUGACGAUCAAAAACUGGGUGUGGAGGGUCUGAAACGACGCCGUUUUGGCGACAGAUUUGAGACCACGUGUUGAAGAAAAGCCAAAACAUAGUCCCAUCCGCAACGCAAUGAUUCGCUGAGAGACCAAUGAAAACGCCGUCAACUAACUCUGUUACUUGAGUCGCCAGCAAUGGUUUCGAAACUCCUUGGAAGUUACAAACCAAGUUCAAGGGAAAGAAAGAGUAAACGACGUCGUUUGGGAUGUAGAGCGGAUCGAGAAUAUCGGCAAUUGUAACGUCGUGAAAGGUGACGUGGUCAAAGAAAGCACCGCCAGCGCCAUUGCAGUCUAUGAAGAAAGAUUUAGUAAGUUGAAUGUCGUCGUUUUGGGUCAUCACUAGGCGACCCGCUAGAGGAUAGAAAAUAUCGAGUGCUUUGAAGAAAGCGGUUUCCAAGAGUUGGAUCCAUUGAAUGAAGGGCUGAGAUUGAUGAGAUGGUUUUGGGAAGAGAAGUCCCUUUUGGAUGUAGUGAUGAGGAAUGAGUAAAAGAUCAGACUGAGUUAACUCAAAUCUUGUAGCUUCCAUGACUUUGGGCUUAAAGUUUUGACAAACAGUAUCACUAUAGACUAUAGAGUAGUGAGAGAAUGAGU